AUGUUGUUUGGGAUUAGGUGGAGUUGGCUGCUUGUGGUUCUCAUCUAUGGGUCAGACUUUAGCAGUUCCUUGGUUAGACAUCGGCGCCAGCCAGACACUCGGUGGAGGAAUUAUCAGCCUGGAUGGGGAUCUUCUAGAACUGUAUCUGCAGUAGGUUCUCCUAGGGGAGAUCUUUUGUCUCCAGUUUCUGGAAUUGGGUCUCUGAGAGGUUCUGGUGCUGUGUCUGGAUGGGGUCGCAUGUAUCCUGGAGUAGGUUUUCAGUCCCGACAGCUUACACAGCCCCCACCGAUUAUGCUAAACCCAUCGUCCCCUGUCCGUGUGCAGUGUGCUGAGGACAGUAUGGUGGUGACUGUAGAGAGAGACUUCUAUGGUAAUGGUAGGCUGGUGAAUCCUUCAGACCUGCUCCUAGGGACCUGCACAACUGGAUCUCAGACUUCAGGUAGUACUGUAGUCUUUCAAAUUGCUCUUCAAGAAUGUGGCAGCAACCUAGAGAUGACUUCAGAUAUACUUAUCUACAAGAUCAACUUGUCUUACAACCCCACCACCUCCCCCAAUGUGCCCAUCAUCAGGUCCAAUCCUGCAGUGGUUCCCAUCUGGUGUUACUACCCACGAUUUGGCAAUGUAAGCAGCAAUGCCAUCAAGCCAACAUGGGCUCCCUACAGCACCACAGUGAGCUCAGAAGAAAGGUUGUCUUUCUCCUUGACUCUCAUGACUGAGGACUGGAGUGCUCCUCGUCAAUCACUGGUCUACCAGCUUGGUGAGAUCUUCUACAUAGAGGCCUUUGUGGACAUAAAUAACCAUGUCCCGAUGAUGCUGUUUGUUGAUAGCUGUGUUGCCACCCUUGCUCCAGAUGAGACCUCUAAUCCUCACUAUGACAUCAUUGCUUAUAAUGGGUGCUUGAUCGAUGGGAUGCUAGGAGAAUCCUCUUCAGCCUUUGUUUCUCCAAGACCUGAAGCGAAUAAGCUUAGAUUCACAGUUGAUGUGUUCAGGUUCAUUAACAGUGACCUUUCUAUGCUGAAAUGA